UGCUGUGUUGUCAUGGUAAAGACUUGACAGUUCAACGCGAGAUUUCACGAGUUCACGUUUAUCCCUUAAACCGUGAUCAAACAAUCAUGGCUGACUACCGAGAAGCGCCCUUGGCUAGUCGACCAAAAUCAUUGGAUCCAAAUGAAUAUUUCAAUCUUUCGUCGGACUUUAGACGUGCUGAAGAAGACAGGGCUGCAAUACGAGCCAAUCUGAAGCGGCAGUAUCAACUGCAACUCAACAACCCGCUCAGAAAAGAGCUCAUUGAAGACCCUGCUCUGACACAGUGGGUGUAUGCACGUACCAACCCCUACCCACACUUCAGGCCCACAUACAAGACAUCUCUGUUGGGUGCAGUGUUCGGAGUUGUGCCUCUAUUUGUAAUGUACUACAUUUUCAAAACAGACAGGGAUAGGAAGGAGGAGCAGAUUAAGGCUGGAACCUUCAAGCGCCCGUUCAGUUUGUCAUCUUGAGCUCUGAUGAAUAAAGACCUCGUCUGUGUUCUAGUGAUGUCAGUUUGUGUAAUUAUUAACUGAAUAAAAUGAUAACGUUAAAGGCAAAAUAC